AUGGAACCGGACGCGCUGUCGGCUCGCUGGGACAGCAGUCGGCUGUCCUUGUCGUCCUUCCCUCGACAAGGAUGGCCCCGACUGUCUCCGUCCUACGCGCCUCCGUCAGGCGAUGCCGGCCCCUCGCACCACGCAAGCUGGCGGCACUACGACCCGUCUGCAGAAGACGAGUCACUUCUCGCGCAUCGCUCUUCGACCCUGCGUCAACUGCACGGAGACUCCCGACCGUGGUCUCGACAGGACCGCUCUGCUAAUCCAACCUCUACCCGGCCGUCUACUUUACCAACGCAGCCGGUCCUGGUCAGAGCGUAUUCCGAAAAUGCGGACGAGCCGACCGGCAAGCCAUCAAGCAUGUCUCCGCGCCGACUGUUCCCGUUUACGGGGUCGAGGGGUUCGUUUUGCCCUCGUCCAUCUGGUCCGACGCUCCCGUCGGAUAAAGACUUCAGUAUCGAUAGCAUACUGCAGGCCAUCGACCCCGAUAUCUGUGGAACACUGGACUCGAUCGCCGAGAUCUGUGGACGCAGCAAGCUAAGUCUUGCCAAUGAGUAUGGGAGCCACAUCGCUCCGUUAGGUGAGAUUCGUGCUCCGCCAGGUGGCUUGGUGCCGGUCGAAGAGGCUAGCUCGAGCGAUGAACGUCACGCCGAUGAAGGCGUGGUCAUCUUCGAUGAUGACCCCGGUACAUUGGAUACUGGCCGUGAUAUGCAUCCAUUUUCCUUCUAUCGGUAUCUGGAGACCCUCCGGCACGCUGCAUCCGCGUUGGAACGCAAUGGGGCAUCGACCUCGUUGAUGGCUAUACAAGCAAAUGCUGCUCAGUCUGCCAUCACAAAGUCUCAGUUGGAUACAGCUGUUGAGAUGGAAAGAGCUGCAUUACCAAUCACUCGCGAGUUCUUCUCAGGUCCAAAAAAUUCUGGCCGAGACCUCCUGGGCAAGCACAAGCUCUCUGGCCGUACCGACCAGUCUUUGGAAGAUAUAGCUACCCCAGCUCUUGUAUCAGAAGUUCAUCUCUAUGCGCGAGCAGGUGAGCAGCACAGUGCAGCUGAACCACGCUUUCCUGCGCGUGCGCACAAUCCUCAUGGUAGCCAAACGUCGGACGGAUGGAACACCUCCGAUGUUGUCCAAUCUCUCCUUGGCUGGCUGAAAUGGACUACUCGAGUCGUUGAGCCAGACUCUCGACCCGCUCUACAAUCCGCAGAGGAUCGUUUACGAGCGAUGCUCGAACGGUCAGCCGACGAGCACAUAUCUUUACCAGCAGCGUAG